GAAGCCUGGCGGUUGGAGGCAAAAUGGCGCUCACCACUCAAGGAACAAAGAAGAAAGUUUGUUAUUAUUAUGAUGGUGAUGUUGGAAAUUAUUACUAUGGCCAGGGACAUCCCAUGAAGCCUCACAGAAUCCGCAUGACCCACAACCUUCUACUCAAUUAUGGGCUGUACAGGAAGAUGGAAAUUUAUCGGCCUCACAAAGCCAAUGCAGAAGAGAUGACCAAGUACCACAGCGACGACUACAUCAAGUUCCUGCGGUCCAUCCGCCCAGACAAUAUGUCAGAGUACAGCAAACAGAUGCAGAGAUUUAACGUGGGAGAGGAUUGUCCUGUUUUUGAUGGCUUGUUUGAGUUCUGCCAACUUUCAACAGGUGGUUCUGUAGCUGGAGCCGUGAAACUGAACAAACAACAGACGGACAUCGCCAUUAACUGGGCCGGAGGGCUCCAUCACGCCAAGAAGUCCGAGGCGUCAGGUUUCUGCUACGUGAACGACAUCGUCCUGGCCAUUCUGGAGCUGCUGAAAUACCACCAAAGAGUGCUGUAUAUCGACAUCGAUAUCCACCAUGGGGACGGAGUGGAGGAGGCCUUCUAUACCACCGACCGUGUCAUGACCGUGUCCUUCCACAAGUAUGGAGAGUACUUCCCUGGCACUGGAGACCUCAGAGAUAUUGGAGCAGGGAAGGGCAAGUACUAUGCUGUGAACUACCCACUCAGGGAUGGGAUCGAUGACGAGUCUUACGAAGCCAUAUUCAAACCUAUCAUGGCCAAAGUGAUGGAGAUGUACCAGCCCAGUGCGGUGGUGCUGCAGUGUGGGGCUGACUCGCUGUCUGGAGAUCGACUCGGCUGCUUUAACCUCACUAUCAAAGGCCACGCCAAGUGUGUAGAGUACAUGAAGAGCUUCAACCUGCCCCUGCUGAUGCUGGGAGGGGGAGGGUACACUAUCCGCAACGUGGCGCGCUGCUGGACUUAUGAAACCGCGGUCGCCUUGGACAGCUCCAUCCCCAACGAGCUUCCAUACAACGAUUACUUUGAGUACUUCGGCCCUGACUUCAAACUGCACAUCAGCCCCUCCAACAUGACCAACCAGAACACAAAUGACUACCUGGAGAAGAUCAAGCAGCGUCUGUUUGAGAACCUGCGCAUGCUGCCCCACGCCCCGGGUGUGCAGAUGCAGGCCAUCCCAGAGGACGCGGUGCAGGACGACAGCGGCGACGAGGAGGAGGAGGACCCCGACAAGCGCAUCUCCAUCCGCGCGCACGACAAGAGGAUAGCCUGCGACGAGGAGUUCUCGGACUCCGAGGACGAGGGCCAGGGCGGGCGAAGGAACACGGCCAACUACAAGAAGGCCAAGCGGGUGAAAACGGAGGAGGAGAAGGACGGGGAGGAGAAGAAAGAUGUAAAAGAGGAGGAGAAAACGGGAGAGGAGAAAAUGGACACAAAGGGGGCAAAAGAAGAGCUGAAGACCACCUGAGAGGCUCGGAGCCCCCAUGCUUACAGAUCGGCAUGCUUUUACGGUAGCAUCACAACCCCAUCCCUACCCAUUAGAACUCAAUAGCCAAGACAAAGGACUGUAAAUUAUUUUCUAAAACACAUUUUACUAUUCACGAUACAGCAGGACUUCAAGAAAAUGUUGUUGCUUUGCGAGUGUGAGUUGAACUGCGAGUAUGACCUUUUUUUUUUUUUUUUUCUUCCUUUCUUUUUCAAUGCCAGUCGGUGUGGAAUAUUUACAUCUGGUACUGUUCCGUUAUGUAAACCAAGAAUAAAUGUCACAGGAGUGGUUAAGUAAAAUACUCCAGGCAUGCAGGACCAGCAGAAACUUCAGUAGUGUGGAAUAGGUAGUCACCUGUUGAGGAACUUUCUUUUUCUUCUUCUGUAGUGUGAGGAUUUAAUGGUAAGUUAUUUAAAUCAUGGGAGUUUUGGCAUUUGUUGGCGGUCAGUAUUCUGCAUUUCCUUUGGGCCGUUUCCACCUUUUACUUUGUACUCACGCGGAGGGUUCCAAACUGUCCUUUUUCACAGCAUUUUCUACCUUUUUAAAAAUCUUUUUAUUACUGUGUAGUCAGGGGAAACUGGAGACCUCUCUCUGAAAAUGGGAAUAUCAUCAGGAAACAAGGACAGCCCAGCCUUUUGGUGCCUCUGGUUAGGAGUGUGAGAGCUCAGUGGUUGCAAAAUGCCCCUGGAUUGCAGAAUAAUAAUUUUGUUUAAAAAAAGCAUAAUAAAAUUAUCUGUGAGUUUGUCUGAGGCUAUGUCUAGUCACUGCUGUCUUAGCAUCUUUUGUAAGGACCCCCUUUUCUUUCUCAUUAUCAGUUAAAUAAGACAAAAUCAAUGCUGUGUGCAAGACAGUGGGAGAGAAUAGUUACUAUAGCACAGCAAGAUCAUGUGUGAACUGUACAUACGAGGCCAUCACUGAUGCACAAAACUAUUGGGUAAGAUGGCCCAUGCUUUAAGUUAUGAACAACUUUGAAGCCAUUGUGAGGUACUAUGUAUGUGAUCACUAGCUAUCUAUAAUGCAAUGUACCAUGUCAUAUCUUUUGAUAGGACAGUUAGCUUGAACAGCUGGCUAAGGUUUCAAAAAUGGUUCAUACACCUAACUUGAAAGGGGUUAGCUGUGCUUUCUUGGCAUUAGAUGAUGGCGGCCGAUAGUGUCGACAUCAGAUAGCAGCGUUCUCUGCAGAUUCUUGUUGGAUGAUGGUCCUCUGUACUAUUUCAAUCUUAAUGUGCAGUGUUUUCAGGUCCUUAUCCAAAAGGAAAAGGCAUUUAAGUGUUGGCCAGUGAGGCUUCUGUUUUUUUUCCAUUUGAAGAACUAGGGUGUUUAUUGUAACCUGAAUUGUGGACUGCUUUAAUGACAUCAGUAUCAAAGGUCUGGAUUUAUUUUGCAAUGCUUGUGACAUUUUAUACCUGCUUCAGCAUCAUUUUCUAUUGUUUCCAAUACUAGGGCAAGAAAUUAAUUUUAUCUGAGAGGGUCUACUUUUUCAGCUGCAUAUUUGUGGGUAAGACUUAAACAGAGCACCACUGAGGUCUCUGUUAAUUUGUGAGGGCAGUUGAGAUGUUAGAGAUGUAAUGUUUUUGUAUUUUCUUUUUCAAUGCAUUAUCA